CUUGAAAUAUGAAACGGCGUUCAAAGCGCGGGGGGUCAGAGUGCAGCGCCCAUAACUUCCCCAUUCAUUCCACCCUCAACCUCAAGUCGGCACCAUAUCUAUACUCUAAGAUGUUUUGAUUCAGUCGGGAGUUCCGUCAUGGCGUUUGCGGCGGCAGCUGUUAUCGUCCCAGUGGGCGUUCUUUUCUUCAUUUCCGGUCUUGUCACCAAUGCCAUUCAGGCUACUUGCUAUGUUGUUAUAAGACCAUUCUCAAAGAGCACAUACAGGAGGAUAAAUAGGCUGUUUGCAGAGCUGUUGUGGCUGGAGCUUGUGUGGCUCAUUGAUUGGUGGGCUGGUGUCAAGGUCCAAUUGUAUACAGAUCCGGAGACAUUUAAACUUAUGGGUAAAGAACAUGCUCUCUUAAUAUCUAAUCACAGAAGUGACAUAGAUUGGGUUGUUGGAUGGGUUUUAGCUCAGGGUUUUGUUACGGCAGUAAAUCACAUGCGGUCAUUUGUUCCUGCUAUUUAUGAGGUGACAGUUGCUAUUCCUAAAAGUUCACCGGCCCCAACAAUGCUACGAAUUUUCAAGGGUCAGCCUUCUGUGGUGCAUAUUCAUUUGAAGCGGCAUAUGAUGAAGGAUUUGCCAGAAAAUGAUGAUGACAUAGCUCAAUGGUGUAGGGAUGUCUUUGUUGCCAAGGAUAAGUUAUUAGACAAACAUAUUGCUGAAGACUCCUUUGGAGAAGAACAGCUGCAAAACAUUGGGCGGCCAGUGAAAUCCCUUGUGGUUGUUGUAUCUUGGGCAUGUUUGCUAAUUGUAGGGGCCAUUAAACUCUUCCAAUCUUCAGCACUUUUAUCUUCAUGGAAGGGUAUCACAGUUUCAGCCACACUGUUGGCUGUCAUUACCAUUCUUAUGCAGAUACUGAUUAACUUUACACAGUCCGAGCGCUCAACGCCUGCCAAGGUUGCACCAGCAAAGCGACAGAAUGGGAAAAAGGUCGUCGUGGAGAAUGGGCAGUGAAAAGACGAGUGAGUGAAUCACUGCACAAUGGUAUCCCCUGGCCUCCCAGAUAGCAAUGGUCCCUUCUUCACCUAUAGAUGCUCAUUUUCUGAAGUAGAAGAUGACCUUAUGUAUUAUGUAGUGAACAUGCUUAUGCUCAAAUUUUUGUAUGAGAUGGGAGAUUUAUGAUACUUAAUUACUAAUGAGAGUUAAAUUUUAGAAAAAUCACUAAGGGUGUGUUUGUUCAUGGGGUUAGACACAAUGAAUGAAUGAGAAUGAAAGUCAUACACAUUGUUUGGUUGACAA